CCGGAAGUAGAAUGUCAGCGGUGUGCCUGAAUUGAAAGUCUGCCGGUCAGUUGCUGUUUCAUGUGACAUUAAGAUGCUAACACUUUAGCUGAGAGAAAUGUAAUCAGAGCGAAAUGUGCGAUCCGACAACACGGAAGGAAACGGAUGUCUGUUCCGGUGUUGGGUCUGUGCCUGCUGUGAAGUACAUCUGAAGGUUUUCAAGCUUCGCUGCAAACCUCUGACCUCAAAAUGAGGUACAGAGGAGUUCGCAUCUGUUUCCCGACUCAUGGCUCAUGCUGCACAACUCGACACACCUGGCCUGGUAGAAUCCUUCAGGUCAGAACCUACAGUGCCCAGCAUCAGCCUGGCUCUGCUCCGUCCACCGAGCCCACCGAGCCGGCCCCUCCUGAUGGGAAGAGAGGAGCUGAGGUGGUGAAGGAGCGUGCUGUGGCUGCCUUACAGUAUGCAGGGGAGGUGGGCCGGCAGUGGGGGCAGAGGUCGGCCGAGACAGCCGCUGUCACAGUAAACUACUGGUGGGAGAGAUACGAAGAGUUUGUGGGGCUCAAUGAGGUCCGAGACGCUCAGGCAAAAGUCACAGAGGCUGAGGCAGAGUUCAUGGUAGCCAGAGGGAUGGUUCGUGAAGCUCAUACCAGCCUGGAUGCCCUGUUAGUCAAGCUGAAGGAGGUCAGAGACCGACUGGACCGAGUCUCCAGAGAGGACGCUCAUUACCUGGAGCUCGCCACACAGGAGCACAAACUGCUGCAGGAGGAGCGUCGUUUGAGGACAGCGUAUGAGAACGCUGAGGGCUCAGAGAGGGAGAAGUUCAGUUUGUUCUCAGCAGCUGUCAGAGAGAGCCACGAGAAGGAGAGGACCAGAGCAGAACGCACCAAAAACUGGUCAAUCAUCGGCUCGGUGCUCGGGGCUCUGAUCGGGGUCAUGGGAUCAACGUACAUCAACCGGGUUCGCCUUCAGGAGCUGAAAAGUCUACUGCUGGAGGCUCAGAAAGGUCCAGAGAGUCUGCAGGAAGCCCUCAAAGUCCAGGCAGGAAAUCAUCGCUCCCAGCAGGAUGAGCUCCGCAGUCUCAUCGACAGCCUCAGGGUCGCUCUAAAUGAUGCUGACACACAGAGAGAUGUCCUCCUACAGGAGAGGGGAGGUCAGACCUUAGAUGUACCGUCAGUCCCUCUUUCAGCAUUAAAAGACCUCCACAAGGGAAGCAAAAAGACCCAGUCCCUCCUGGAGUCUCUACCGCCACAGCUGGGAACACUGGAGCAGGGACUGGGGAGAGUGGAGGCAGAUUUAUCGAUGGUGAAGAGGCUGCUGGAGACCAAACCACCCAGAGAAUCCCAGGAUGAAACAAAGGCUGUUCAACUGCAAGUCGCAGCGCCACAGCCAGCAGAGAGAGAGGGCCAGCUGGAGGCAGAGGCGGUGAUGAGGAGUCUGGAGGAGACCAAGAGGACGCUGGGAGAGCGGAUCAGGAACAACGCACUUUAUAAUGCUGCGUUUUCAUACACAGCCACCGCCAUCACCAUCAGUGCUGUUUACAUGCUGCUCAGAGGAACCAGUUGAACUGAAACCUCCCAUGAAGACUACACAUAGACUUGUCUGGCACUACUGUGCACGUUCUCCAAAAUUAACUGUAUGCAGACACAUGAUUCAAAGAGCCUCUUAGAGGCUGAGGGAUGUGACAGAGACACCUCAGCAGCAGUAAAACAACAGAUUUAAAGAUGACCUGAUAAUCCAAGGCCAAAGGUGUGUUAACAAAUAUGUGGGUUUAAAGCCUUCAUGUGUUCACAUGCACUGAGUCUCUGUCAGCAGCUUCAACGUAGUGAUGAACAGGAAUAAUCCUAAUUGAGGGGCUAUGAUAUAAAAUGCUGCUGUUCUCUGCACUACUCAGGCCAGGAUGGACCUUCAAUGCUAAUAAUAUUUUUUAGUUCUUAAGAAUCAAACAGGAAGUUGAUCCUAGUUCCAACUGUGCUGUCCAUCUUUACAUAGUGUGUUUUUGUUCUUAAUUCCCAGAUGAACCACUGGAGUACAGCGAGGGUAUUAUGCUGUUAUAUUAGAUUUUGGCACUACAUUCAUGAAAUUUUAUGGUUUGUUUUAACAAUGUCAUAACUGAGUGAAAAAUGUCUGUCCAAUACCCCAAAAGUGGAAGGUCAUACCUGCUGGUUUAGUCCAUCAGACAUGUCACAUUUACCGCCCAGAGGCAACAGGACAGAGAGGAGCAGCGCUCCCCCAAUAACAAGACCAAGACAGAAAGUUAGCGUUGACUUAAUCCCAGUACCAGAGCUUAAAAUAAAACAAAACUUAACUCAUGCUUAAGUUUUUUAUUUCUUCUUUGUUGUGACAGCACCUAAUGCCAACUUUGUUCUCCCAUGUUUGAAAACAGAUCAGAGUUUGUCUCCAAUCCUGUUCCAGUCAUGAUCCUGUCUUAUUCUAGCCAUGAUCCUGUCUUAUUCCAGUCAUGAUCCUGUCUUAUUCCAGUCAUGAUCUUGUCUUAUUCCAGUCAUGAUCCUGUCUUAUUCCAGUCAUGAUCUUGUCUUAUUCCAGUCAUGAUCCUGUCUUAUUCCAGUCAUGAUCUUGUCUUAUUCCAGUCAUGAUCCUGUCUUAUUCCAGUCAUGAUCCUGUCUUAUUCCAGCCGUCUCAUUCCAGCCAUGAUCCUGUCUUAUUCCAGCCAUGAUCCUGUCUUAUUCCAGUCAUGAUCUUGUCUUAUUCCAGCCAUGAUCCUGUCUUAUUCCAGCCAUGAUCCUGUCUUAUUCCAGUCAUGAUCUUGUCUUAUUCCAGCCAUGAUCCUGUCUUAUUCCAGUCAUGAUCUUGUCUUAUUCCAGUCAUGAUCCUGUCUUAUUCCAGUCAUGAUCUUGUCUUAUUCCAGUCAUGAUCCUGUCUUAUUCCAGUCAUGAUCUUGUCUUAUUCCAGUCAUGAUCCUGUCUUAUUCCAGUCAUGAUCUUGUCUUAUUCCAGUCAUGAUCCUGUCUUAUUCCAGUCAUGAUCUUGUCUUAUUCCAGUCAUGAUCCUGUCUUAUUCCAGUCAUGAUCCUGUCUUAUUCCAGCCGUCUCAUUCCAGCCAUGAUCCUGUCUUUUUCCAGCCAUGAUCCUGUCUUUUUCCAGCCAUGAUCCUGUCUUAUUCCAGUCAUGAUCCUGUCUUAUUCCAGUCAUGAUCCUGUCUUAUUCCAGCCAUGAUCCUGUCUUAUUCCAGUCAUGAUCCUGUCUUAUUCCAGCCAUGAUCCUGUCUCAUUCCAGCCAUGAUCCUGUCUUAUUCCAGUCAUGAUCCUGUCUCAUUCCAGCCAUGAUCCUGUCUUAUUCCAGCCAUGAUCCUGUCUUAUUCCAGCCAUGAUCCUGUCUUAUUCCAGCCAUGAUCCUGUCUUAUUCCAGCCAUGAUCCUGUCUCAGUCCAGCCAUGAUCCUGUCUCAUUCCAGCCAUGAUCCUGUCUUAUUCCAGCCAUGAUCCUGUCUCAGUCCAGCCAUGAUCCUGUCUCAUUCCAGCCAUGAUCCUGUCUCAUUCCAGCCAUGAUCCUGUCUUAUUCCAGCCAUGAUCCUUUCUUAUUCCAGCCAUGAUCCUGUCUUAUUCCAGCCAUGAUCCUGUCUUAUUCCAGCCAUGAUCCUGUCUUUUUCCAGCCAUGAUCCUGUCUUAUUCCAGCCAUGAUCCUGUCUUAUUCCAGCCAUGAUCCUGUCUUAUUCCAGUCAUGAUCCUGUCUUAUUCCAGCCAUGAUCCUGUCUCAUUCCAGUCAUGAUCCUGUCUCAUUCCAGCCAUGAUCCUGUCUUAUUCCAGCCAUGAUCCUGUCUUAUUCCAGCCAUGAUCCUGUCUCAUUCCAGCCAUGAUCCUGUCUCAUUCCAGCCAUGAUCCUGUCUUUUUCCAGCCAUGAUCCUGUCUCAUUCCAGCCAUGAUCCUGUCUUAUUCCAGCCAUGAUCCUGUCUCAGUCCAGCCAUGAUCCUGUCUCAUUCCAGCCAUGAUCCUGUCUCAUUCCAGCCAUGAUCCUGUCUCAUUCCAGCCAUGAUCCUUUCUUAUUCCAGCCAUGAUCCUGUCUUAUUCCAGCCAUGAUCCUGUCUUAUUCCAGCCAUGAUCCUGUCUUUUUCCAGCCAUGAUCCUGUCUUAAUACAGCCAUGAUCCUGUCUUAUUCCAGCCAUGAUCCUGUCUUAUUCCAGUCAUGAUCCUGUCUUAUUCCAGCCAUGAUCCUGUCUCAUUCCAGUCAUGAUCCUGUCUCAUUCCAGCCAUGAUCCUGUCUCAUUCCAGCCAUGAUCCUGUCUUUUUCCAGCCAUGAUCCUGUCUCAUUCCAGUCAUGAUCCUGUCUUAUUCCAGCCAUGAUCCUGUAUCAUUCCAGCCAUGAUCCUGUAUCAUUCCAGCCAUGAUCCUGUCUCAUUCCAGCCAUGAUCCUGUCUUAUUCCAGUCAUGAUCCUGUCUUAUUCCAGUCAUGAUCCUGUCUCAUUCCAGCCAUGAUCCUGUCUUAUUCCAGCCAUGAUCCUGUCUCAUUCCAGCCAUGAUCCUGUCUUUUUCCAGCCAUGAUCCUGUCUUAUUCCAGCCAUGAUCCUGUCUUAUUCCAGCCAUGAUCCUGUCUUCUUCCAGCCAUGAUCCUGUCUCAUUCCAGCCAUGAUCCUGUCUCAUUCCAGCCAUGAUCCUGUCUCAUUCCAGCCAUGAUCCUGUCUUAUUCCAGUCAUGAUCCUGUCUCAUUCCAGUCAUGAUCCUGUCUUAUUCCAGCCAUGAUCCUGUCUUAUUCCAGUCAUGAUCCUGUCUUAUUCCAGUCAUGAUCCUGUCUUUUUCCAGCCAUGAUCCUGUCUUUUUCCAGCCAUGAUCCUGUCUCAUUCCAGUCAUGAUCCUGUCUUAUUCCAGCCAUGAUCCUGUCUCAUUCCAGCCAUGAUCCUGUAUCAUUCCAGCCAUGAUCCUGUCUCAUUCCAGCCAUGAUCCUGUCUUAUUCCAGUCAUGAUCCUGUCUUAUUCCAGUCAUGAUCCUGUCUCAUUCCAGCCAUGAUCCUGUCUUAUUCCAGCCAUGAUCCUGUCUCAUUCCAGCCAUGAUCCUGUCUUUUUCCAGCCAUGAUCCUGUCUUAUUCCAGCCAUGAUCCUGUCUUAUUCCAGCCAUGAUCCUGUCUUCUUCCAGCCAUGAUCCUGUCUCAUUCCAGCCAUGAUCCUGUCUCAUUCCAGCCAUGAUCCUGUCUCAUUCCAGCCAUGAUCCUGUCUUAUUCCAGUCAUGAUCCUGUCUCAUUCCAGUCAUGAUCCUGUCUUAUUCCAGCCAUGAUCCUGUCUUAUUCCAGUCAUGAUCCUGUCUUAUUCCAGUCAUGAUCCUGUCUUUUUCCAGCCAUGAUCCUGUCUUAUUCCAGCCAUGAUCCUGUCUUAUUCCAGUCAUGAUCCUGUCUUAUUCCAGCCAUGAUCCUGUCUUUUUCCAGCCAUGAUUCCAUCAUUGGGAUCCUGGUGUAGUCUGCUCUGUCAGAGAACCGAUGUCUUGUUCAUUUACAUCAGAGAAAUUGCCAACCUCGUGUUAUGAGACAUGGAAUUCUACAUGCAAACAUCUUAGGGACAGUUGAUGAGAAAGACAGCAGUGUUUUUUACUGCCUAGACAGACGUUAAGAAAGCAUCUUCAUGUGUGCAGACAGAAUCAUGACUUAUUAAAAUGUGUCUGUAAUUUUCUUUCGCUGCUGGAUUCCUCUCUGUUCUUAGGAUAAGAAAUAAACUGA